AUGAGCUAUGCUCUCAAAGGUCCACCACUUGAUUUCAAGCCUGACGUUCACAUCAACGCUCGCCGCCUCAUCAAUCCACCAUCUGAGAUCCGCAAAGCCUUCGAUGGUCGUUGCGAAGGCCUUCGCAAGAACCUACGUGCAGAUCCCGUCUUUCACGAAUUACUUGCCGAAGCUCAACCUCAGAUCUUCAAGACUGAAGAAACCCGAAGAGCGCUACUGAAAGAUUGUCACGACAACAGUGUUCACAUGAUUGAAAUCAGUGUCGCAGUGGCCUGCGUCAGAGGUCGUCAUCGCAGUACAGCUGUUGCUGAGGAGCUGGCCAAGUUGCCCGUAUGGCCGGAACAUUACGACGUCAGAGUAUACCAUCGCGAUGUCGACACACCUCACCGCUACCAGAAAUGGCACCAGCAAAACCUGGCGCGUGAGAAGAGAGGCGAGACUGUUGGCAUUGACGGUUACGGCGUUGAGAGUGAUCCUGACGAAGACGAUAACGACGACGACUACGAUCACGAAGGCAAAUCCUAG